AUGGGCUCCGAGCCUCUGACUGCCGAAAGGGAUACGACGUCGAGGUCGCAACAGGGACGGGCGGAUUCCGACGGAAACCACAACACCAGGACCGUCUCGGUGCAUACAAACCAUGAUGACUCGGAUGCCAGCCUUGAGCGAAACGAGCCCGGCAGCCAAGAUGAGAAUGGUGACUUGCCCAUGUCCAAGGCACGAUGUAUUGCGCUUGUGGCUACCGUCACUGGGGCCGCCUUUCUCAACGUUCUCAACAUCCAAAGCGUCGUCAUCAUCCUCCCUACCAUUGGACGACGCCUCGACAUCCCCGAAAGUCGUCAGCAGUGGAUCGUUUCUUCCUAUUCCCUUGCCUUUGGGUGCUUCCUCUUGCUUUGGGGUCGCAUUGCCGACAUCUACGGCAAGCGGCUCAUCUUCAUCCUGGGUUCCCUGUGGGUGACGUGUGUUACGGCGGCGAAUCCGUUUAUGCCUAAUGAGACUGCCUUUAAUCUGUUCCGAGGGCUACAGGGACUGGGAGCGGCCGCGACGGUGCCCACGGCUAUUGGGAUAUUGGGCGUCACGUUCCCGCCGGGGAAAGCAAAAAACUACGCCUUCAGCACGUACGGAGCUGGCGCCCCCCUGGGCAGUGUAUGCGGCAAUCUCCUCUCCGGCCUCAUCGCCGAAUACGCCAAUUGGAGAUGGGUGUUUGGCGCGCUCGCCAUCCUCUCCGCCAUCAUAACAGUCGCUGGAAUCCUGCUCAUCCCGCCUCGCCCGCCUCCUCCCCCUCCCUCGGACACCAAACCAGACGGCAGCGUUUCCGAGAGCCAGCCCCCGGCGGUGGACUGGCUCGGCGCGGCGCUCAUCACCACCGCGCUCCUAGCCCUCAACCUCUCCCUCACAGAAGGUAAUGUCGUUGGCUGGGCCACGCCCUGGGUGCCCGUGAUCCUCGUCAUGUCCAUCCUCCUGAUCGCGCUCUUCGCGCUCUGGCAAAUCUGCCUCGAGCGCCGGCAUGCCCGCGGCGUUUCUCGCGCGCCGCUCAUCAAGACCUCCGUCUUCCGCAAUAGGCGGUUCACCGCCGCCAUGGUCAUCAUGGGCCUCUUCUUCGCCGCCUUCAACAACUAUCUCAUCUUCACUACCUAUUUCUUCCAGGACUUCCAGGGACUAUCGCCGCUGAACACCAUGCUGCGGUAUAUCCCCACCGGUGUGACGGGCGUCCUGGUGGCUCUCAUUGUCGCCCAGCUGCUGAGUCGCAUACCGACACUGUUUAUUCUUGUGUGUGGAACGCUGGCCACGUCGGUGGCGUGUCUGCUGUACGCUGUCCCGAUCCCCCCGACCACGACGUACUGGGCGUACGGGUUUCCCGCCAUGGUACUCGCCGUCGUGGGCGCCGAUACCACCUGGCCCUGUCUGACGCUGUUCACGUCCCAGGCUCUCCCGCGGGAGGACCAGGCCAUUGGUGGAGCGUUGAUCAAUGCCGUGGGACAGUUUGGCCGCUCCAUAGGCCUGGCCGUUGGCACGGCUAUUCAAACGGCUGCCAUGGCCAAGGCGCGUGGCGUUGUCGUCAAGGAGGCAGGCCCUAUUCGGCAGUGGGACGCGGAUUCGCUUACGGGCUUGAGGGCCGCCAGCUGGGUGAAUUUUGCGUUUGGAACGGCCUCCUUGUUGGUGGUUGUGACGGCGUUCAGGAGCAUGGAUAUUAUAGGCAAGUCGAGACCUGCUGCCACUUUGGUCAGGGAUGAAUCUGGCGGCGGGAUCGUCUCGACGGAAAAUAACAGUAAUGACCUCGAGAGGACUGUGGCGGAGAAGAAGUAG